CAAGCAGUCUGCUCGAGGCUGCUGAGUAGAAGGAGGCAGAAGAGGUGCUCUGUCUCCGAGUAGCCAGAGAAGAAAAUGUUUUCCUUGAUCUCAGAUGUCCUGGAAGCCGUUACCUCAGUAAUGAAGAGCAAUGUGAACUGUGUGGAAGUGCAGCUGAGGGCCUGCAGAAUCCUGCAGCUUCUCUUUGUGGCAGUUCUGGAGCACAGUGUGGAGGAGGAGUGGAUGUCCAGUGAGAAGGUCAUCAGCACUGUGCUGGAUGUUGUCCAAACCCAUUCCACCAACCAGGAGCUGCUCGCACUCGCUUUAAAAGUUCUCAUGAUUCUCUCAGGGAACGAAGUGUCAGCAGGGAAGAUUGGCAAGGCAGGUGGUAUCCCGGAGCUGUUGAAAGCAAUGAGGACGUUCAUACACAACAGGGGUAUCUGCAUGUCCUGCUGUGGAGCUCUCUGGAGCUUAGUGUUGAAUGGGCACAAUGCUAGAAUAGCAUCAGCAGAGGGCGCCCUGUUUACUGUGUGCAGCGCAGGAAAAGUUUACCUCCAGGAUUCAUUGAUUUUGCAAGGCAUUUUAACAAAGGAGCAUUGUGAAGCAGCAGCUCUUCUGUUAUUGGAUGCUCUCAGGACCCACACAGACAGGCUGGGCGUGGUGAAGAAUGCCUGUUUAGCUCUGGCAAGUCUUGUGAGAAUUUCAGAACUGGCAGCAUUCAGAGUGCUCCUGCCCCAUUUCUCUCCCUUAAAAUUAGAUGAAGUGGUGCCAGAGUUAAUAUCUUUCAAGGAGAUGAUUAAGCAGAUACAAAUUAAGUUUGCAUCAAAUGAGGAAAUUGUUGAGAUGGCUAAAUCUGCUCUUUCAAAAAUGCAAAACUGACAGAAUUGGCAUCUGUAAAAAAGAAUAUGAAAUGAUGUUGCUGGGGUACUUUUCAGAGACAUAAG